AUGAACAUUCUGCAUAAGAUCUUCACACCGGGCAGCAAGUCGAAGAAGACACUGCUGCACUGUGAUGUAGAGGCCGGGGACAGGCAGUCCAACAGCUCCCCCAAGGUUUCCACCUCCGUCCAAAUCAAGCGCAAAUCGACCGGGAAGAGCUCCGAUGACGACGACUGUGGCCCGCUGAUGCGGAGCGUGUCAAUGACGGUGGUCAGCGAUCCAGUGCCCACAUCUUUCAAGACUAAUUCGAGCUUUGCAAAUCAAUCGAGGCCGACACAGGGUCCUGCCUCCUUCAGGUCUGUGCCUCCGGCUAGCUCUCUCUCCAACGCAAGCUGCCAUCUCGAGCGGCACCACCAGCACACUGCCGCCCUCGCAAGCAGUGUCUCUCGCCAUAACCAACGCUCUCUCUUUGAUAAGAUACAGGGCAGCGGAAGCUUUGCGGUCGGCGAAACGACGGUAUCAGGCGGGAGCUUCACGGCGAACGGCGGCACGGUGAACCUGUGGCGGUUGCCGUGGACGCAGAAGAAGGUGACCAUGUGCCCCAACUGCCAUCGCCCGCGUGAGCGCGAUCGCAACGUGUACGUCUCUCGCGCCAGCUACGUUCUGCAGGAGACAACCAUCGAAAAUGGCAUGGGCGACGACAUGAGUGAGGCGAAUGAAGACAUGUCCUACAGCGAAUCGGAGGGCAUGGGCGGACCGAUGAGCGACUCCGUCACCUGCCGCUGUGGGGUCGUAUCAGAGGGCGACGCACCACUGGAUUACGACGACUCUGCCGAAGCCACCGAGGAGCACCCGCAGAUGUUUAUCGUCGAGACGCAGAAUCCGUCUGCAGUUCAGUUGCCAGGCACCGUCGCCGAGGCCUCGGACAGCGAAGACGAAGGCCGCGACGACCUCCGGCGGUCGUACAAACUGUCGUUUGUGUCUCCCCCCACCUCCACCUCGCUACGGCGUCGUGCGCCGCAUGCGCAGCGGCCGCUGGGCGGCGCAUCCCCUCAAAGUAACACCGCCUCCGUGCCGAAGAGGGUGACCCAUUGGCUUCACGAGCAGCAGACCUCGGAGGCACCUGUCCUGUCGAAGCCCAAGGCAACCAUCUAG